AUGGGAAAGUUGAUCAUUCUUCUUGGAGACCUAAACUGCGAUAUGCUUAAGCCCACACCUGGAUCAGCGUCUUUGAUCAAGACGACAAAAGAACUCAACCUUAACCAGUUAAUAAAAUCACCAACAAGAAUUACUGAAUCCAGUCAGACCCUCGUCGACGUUAUUUUCGUAUCCUCGCCAAGACUAGUAGUCAACAGUGGCGUCAUAGAAACCUGUAUCAGCGAUCAUUUCCCUGUGUAUGUAUCACUAAAACUUAAAACCGACAAAUCUCCACCAAACUAUAUCACUACCCGCAGCUACAAUAAAUACGACCCUGAUUUGUUCGCGAUCGAUCUGGCAUCCAACCGUGAUCGUCUUGUUUCCAUUUUCAGAAUGGACAAUGUUGAUGAAAAACUAACCAUUUUUAAUGAAAUAUUUUUAAAUACAUUGGAUAAACACGCCCCAGUAAAGACCAUAAAAGUACGCGGAAAAUCUUGCCCAUUUAUCACCCCGGAAAUAAAAGCAUCCAUGAUCAAAAGAGACCAGCUCCACAGUCUUUUCAGGAAAACACGUAAUUAUUAUCAGUCAGUGGUCUACAGUAAGGAACCGAAAUUAGUGGCCGAAGAGUUUAAUCAUUUCUUUUCCACCAUCGGUGUGAAUGCAGCAAAGAAAGCCUCAACACUAAUACAAGAUCCUAGUGUUUAUCCAGCUCGGAAUCUUUCUGACGUAAAUCGCACAGAUAACAGCUACCCUGAAGAAAAUGAUAGAUUUAGUUUCACCCCAGUCUCUUGUUCAGAAAUAAGGAACAUCAUAUUAGCUAUGCCGUCAAACAAAUCACCCGGCAAAGACAAAGUGAGUAUGCGUGUCAUCAAACACAGCCUACCGGUAAUUCUUGGGCCCCUCACCGAUAUCAUUAACUGUUCACUGUCGUCAUCUUCGUUCCCUAUAGCAUGGAAAGAGGCAGAAGUUAUCCCUUUGUUAAAGGAUGGAAACCACGAGGAAGCAUCAAAUAACCGCCCACUUUCUCUCCUUACCUUUCUUUCGAAAAUUUGUGAAAAAGUCGCCUUGAAUCAAUUUGGUUCGUAUCUAAUGAAGAACAAAAAAUUGUCAACCCACCAGAGCGGGAACAAGAAACAUCACUCAUGCGAAACAUUGAAUCUUUUGACCGGAGAUACUAUCCUAAAGGCCAUGGAUGGGAAAUUGGUUACUGCACUGAUUCUAAUAGAUCUAUCUAAAGCUUUCGACAGUGUAAAUCAUACUUCUCUCCUUACAAAACUUAGCAACGUCGGGGCUUCUCCAAGCGUUGUAAAAUGGUUUGAGAGUUACUUGACCGGAAGAACUCAAUCAGUCAGAAUUGGAUCAACUGUGUCUACUCCUCUCCCUGUUUCUUAUGGUGUACCACAGGGUGCAAUUUUAUCACCUUUACUUUUUAGUAUUUAUACUAACGAUUUGCCCUCAUCAGUAGUCCACCAUAGUAAACUUGAAUCGUACGUGGACGACUCCAAGAUAUUACUAUCUUUCACUAUGACAAUCGACUCUUAUUUGACAUAUGACCAGCACAUCACCAACCUGGUUUCCUCAUGUAUGAAUUCCCUGUGCCAAAUAAACCGAGUCAAAAAAUGUUUCGAUAAAGAAGCUUUAACUCUCAUCGUCUCGGCACUUGUAAUGAACAAAAUGUUCUAUUGUUUCAACGGUUUGGUCAAACACUUCGUCUACCAACAUUAA